AUGAGUUAUCAAGAUAGUUCUCAAGUAUUAAAAGAUAAGUUUGAUAUAUGUGUCUUAGGACAAGCCCAAACCGGUAAAACCAGUCUUGUAUUACAUUAUCUAUAUGACGAAUUUGUUGAAUCCACAACUUCAGGUGUUGAAGAACUACAUACAAAAAGCCUAAGAUUUCUUAAUCGAUAUUCAGAAGUCUCAAUCCUUGACAGUAGUUCAGAACUAGACUUAUACAAUAAUAGUCGUAGACAACAGAUCUUAAACACAAACAACAUAAUUCUUGUAUAUUCCAUAAAUGAUAUGGAUUCAUUCUUGGCCCUACAUGAUAUCAUGCUCCAAUUCAAAACAAUUCGUCCAGAUAUACCCCCCAUCGCCAUCAUCGCCACAAAAUCAGAUCUUCAACAUACUUGUCGACAAGUGUCCUGGCAAGAUGGACAAGAGUUUGCUGAACAAAUUGGUGCAGUUUCAUUUAUCGAAUGUUCAGCCAAAGAAGGUACAAAUAUAGAAGAAGCUUUCCUCCCGAUAAUUACUAAAGCACUUGAAAGUCAGGCUAGUCGGGUUGUGAAUCUUAUCCCGCUGAAAACUAAUCUAACGAGUGCCAUAACCGAGCAAACUUCGCAUUGUCCUUCUUUGGUGGUGUCUACGACUAUGAGUGACGACUAUACUGCUUCAGAUGAAUCACAGGGGCAUAUAAAACAAAAGAAGAAACAGGCUAAACGCGCCGAAACCGAGAAGAAUCGAAAAGCUUCAUUACUGCAAAAUAAGAAUGAAGCUACAAAGAAGCAGAAUGCGAUUGGAAAGGAAUUUAUGGAAGAUACGACUCAUCCUAAGAUUAAGAAAUUAGAUUCUAGUGCAUCUGAAAGAAAUGAACGACAUUAUACCAGAGAGCUUAAAGAUGAGAGGAAGAAGCAUAGUUCUGGAUGCUGUGUGAUUGUGUAA